AUGUUGGCCGUCGACAUGCCAAGGCAACCUGCGGCAACUCGACGACGUGUCGGACGUGCUGGUCUUGGCACUUCCAGUACCACACCAGCGCCUUCAGCCCGUUUCCAGAUGCUCAAGAUCCUGAACCUCUCCACUUAUCGUCUCUUGGUGUGUUGGCGUCGACAGCUUGUUGUGUCCACUCGGUUUACUUUUGCGAGAGAGAUGUGUUUAUCGUCACACAAAGGGAGCUGGCAAACAGUGAGAUGUGGGCGUGAGGAGGACGAGACGAGACGAGAGCGAAUCGUGCUGUCACCGCAACUUGCUCGGCUUGCAUCCGAAGCGUACUACAGUAGGACUGAGGGACACUCCGCUGGUGCCCUCGUGCAGAUCGAGUCCAUCGCUUCGCAUCCAUGCUCGCCCUCAGUUUCAGCAACAGCCGCGUUCUCUGCACUUGCUCCGCUCGAUAGGCGUCGUAUCAUCCGACAACGCUGA